UAGAAUUUCUCUUUCAAAAAAGCGACAGUGAUCUUUUCCAACAGAACUUCCAAUCGGAAACUCCAAAUCCUAAUACAGGGGCCACCUAAUCGCUAUAUUCCCCUGCUCUUUCAACUCCGUCGUCUUCCGGCGGCACUGCUCACCCCGGCGCAAUAUAGCAUCUCCAACACAACCACAUGAAUCAACCAACGUGAACCUAUCACUAUUUUAUCAAACAAACCUAAACCAGUCUCUCUUCGAAUUCAAAUGAAUCUCGUGUUCUGGUUUUUCAAGAAAGCUCGAAGAUUAUUGUUUUUGUGAAUAAGAUGAUGGGUCCAGAGAACGAGGGCUUCGAAGAAGCCCAUCUCUACGCAUCAAGAGAAGAGAUGGAGAGCCUCGUCCUCGACGAUUCUUUGACCACCAAAUCUUACUCUAAUUACAGAAGUGCCAUGACCACACUCUCCGUCUCCGAUACUCACCACCCUCUCUCCCCGUCGAUCAUCGCCACCCCGGCCGACACCGAUCCUCUACGGUCGUCACCGCACAGAGAUUUCAAAGACCCUAAUUCCACUAAAAAUUAUUCAUAUAUAGAACCACCGCCGUACGCCGACGUCGUUUUUAGCCCGCUCGACGGCGGUGAUAACGGAGUCGAAUCCAGCAGCGUCGAUAGCCCUAGCAAAGAUUCGGAGAAAUCGUCGGUCUUGUCGAGAUCGCCGUCGUCGAGUUCGGAGUAUUUGAAGAUUACGGUGUCGAAUCCUCAAAAAGAGCUUGAGGAAUCGAAUUCGAUCGUUCCGGGGGGGAACACGUAUACUACGUAUUUGAUCACGACGAUAACGAACCUGCCGGAGUUUGGCGGAUCGGAGUUCAGUGUUCGGAGACGGUUUAGGGAUGUUGUGACAUUGGCUGAUCGGUUGAGUGAGGCUUACAGAGGGUUUUUCAUUCCGGUGAGGCCGGAUAAGAAUGUUGUGGAGAGUCAAGUGAUGCAGAAGCAAGAAUUUGUGGAGCAGAGAAGGGUGGCAUUGGAGAAGUACUUGCGGAGAUUGGCUUCGCAUCCGGUGAUCAAGAAGAGCGAUGAGCUGAGGGUGUUUAUACAGGUUCAGGGGAGGCUUCCGUUGCCAACAACUACUGACGUGGCAUCGAGGAUGCUUGAUGGGGCCGCGAAGCUUCCAAAUCAGUUGGUUGGGCCACAGGAAGUUGUGCAGCCUGCCAAGGGAGGCAGGGAUUUGUUGAGAAUUUUCAAGGAAUUGAAGCAGUCAGUGGCUAAUGAUUGGGGAGGCUCGAGACCGCCCGUGGAGGAGGAGGAUAAGGAGUUUGUAGAAAAGAAAGAGAAGCUGCAUGAUCUUGAACAGCAACUCAGCAAUGCAUCUCAGCAGGCGGAAUCGCUUGUCAAAGCUCAGCAAGAUAUGGGAGAAACAAUGGGAGAGUUAGGACUAGCAUUUAUUAAGUUGACAAAAUUUGAGAAUGAGGAGGCCAUGUUCAACAGUCAAAGAAUAAGGGCUGCUGACAUGAAAAAUGUGGCAACUACUACUGUCAAAGCAAGCAGAUUGUAUCGAGAAUUAAAUGCACAAACCGUCAAGCAUUUGGAUACGCUACAUGAAUAUAUGGGGCUAAUGUUAGCCGUUCACACCGCAUUCACAGACCGUUCAAGUGCUUUAUUGACAGUACAAACUCUUCUAUCAGAAUUAUCUUCUUUGCAUUCAAGAGCUGAAAAAUUUGAAGCUGCGUCGUCCAAAACAUUUGGUGGUGAUAAGUCAAGGAUUCGCAAGAUCGAAGAGUUGAAAGACACAAUAAGGAUAACUGAGCAUGCUAAAAACUGUGCGGUUAGAGAAUUUGAACGGAUCAAGGAAAAUAACAGGAAUGAGAUUGAAAGGCUUGACAGAGAAAGGAAAGCUGACUUCCUUAAUAUGUUGAAGGGAUUUGUGAUUAAUCAGGUGGCAUAUGCAGAGAAAAUUGGGAAUGAAUGGGCAAAAGUUGCAGAGGAGACUAGUGCGUAUGCAAAAGGGAGCCGUUGAACUGCGUGACUGUAAAUUUUGGUUCUUUAGCUUUUCCUUCUCUUUUUCUUUAUAUUUUAUUUAUGUGCAACCUAUUAUUAGGGUAAAUAGCUGCACAUUCUUGAUCAAAAUAAAGAUAAGAGAGCACUUGUUAUUUAUUUUUUUCCACUUGCUUCUGAUCUGUUAGAGUUUGUUACAUACCCUUUUCUUAAUUUUGGUGUUGUAGAUUACUCCUACUGUUAAACUGAAAGCUUUCCAUUAUUGGAUUCCUUGAUUUUUGACAUGAUAAUUAGUUACUUAUAUAA